UCUAUUAUUAAAUUACAUUGUACUUCAAUUGGAAAAUUGUUUUAUAUGAUCCAGUGAACACUAUUUGGUCCAAUAGUCACAAUACAAAAGGCAAACAGUGAUUUAUACAUUGUACUUCAAUUGGAAAAUUGUUUUAUAUGAUCCAGUGAACACUAUUUGGUCCAAUAGUCACAAUACAAAAGGUAAACAGUCAUUUAUAAAAUGUUGUAAAGCAAUAAUGUUACAUGGCCAACAAUAAACAUCUACUGUAGCACACUGAUGUAUAACACCUGAUCAUAUCACUGCAAAUAGGCAAAGGCAUAAUACAAUGAUCAAUAGCUUGAAAUGGCACAUUUACUGUUGAUUACCAUUGUGUAUAAAUGUAUAUAUAUGUGUGUGUGUGUGGUUAUGGUUAUAUAACAUCUAAAAAAAUUAACAAUCCUGUAAAAUAGGAGAAAAGUAAUACUUGAGAACAUUGAUUAAUUAGCGGACGCAAACAUUAAUAUUCCAUUCUGUUGUUUGUAUCUGAAAUACUUGAUGAUAAAACUGGCUCUUAAAAAAUGUGUGGUAAAUUCAAUCAAUCAAUCAAUGUUUACUUAUAUAGCCCUAAAUCACAAGUGUCUCAAAGGGCUGCACAAGCCACAACGACAUCCUCGGUUCAGAUCCAACAUCAGGAUAAGGAAAAACUCAACCCAGUGGGAUGACAAUGAGAAACUUUUGAGAGGACCGCAGAUGUGGGUGACCCCCCCCUCCCGCACCUAACAUAAUAGUGUGAGAAUCCAGUCCAUAGUGGAGCCAGCAGGAGACCAUCCCGAGCGGAGACAGGUCAGCAGCACAGAGACGUCCCCAGCCGAUACACAGACGAGAGGUCCACCCCGGAUCCCAACUCUGGACAGCCAGCAUUUCAUCCAUGGCCACCAGACAUUUGUUUUUAUUGUAUAAAUAAAAUAUAAAGCAAAUACAGAUAUUAUGGCGUAGUGGGUAGAGUGGCCGUGCCAGAAACCUGAGGGUUGCAGGUUCGCUUUCCACCUAUGGACAUCAAAGUCGCUGCCGUUGUGUCCUUGGGCAGGACACUUCACCCUUUGCCCCCGGUGCCGCUCACACCGGUGAAUGAAUGAUGAUGAAUGAAUGAUUGGUGGUGGUCGGAGGGGCCGUAGGCGCAAACUGGCAGCCACGGAUCCGUCAGUCUACCCCAGGGCAGCUGUGGCUACUGAUGUAGCUUACCACCACCAGGUGUGAAUGAAUGAUGGGUUCCCACUUCUCUGUGAGUGCUUUGAGUAUAUAACAAUAGAAAAGCGCAAUAUAAAUCUAAUCCAUUAUUAUUAUUAUUAUUAUUAUUACUACUAAUAUCUUAAAAAAAAAUCUAAAAUAAAACAUUUUACUACAGCUACUAGAUCAUGUUCAGUAGAGGCUGAUUUAACACCAAAGUAAUGAUAUAGUAUGUUCUAAUAAAUCCAACAUCAUUGGACGGCAUAGCUAUGUUUGUUUUAUCAUUUUACCAGUAAAUGACAUGCAUUUGCAAUCAUGUGUUACACCAACAUUUAACAUUUCAGCAAUACAUUUUUUAAUAUUUGUAGAAUGGGUUGUAAAGAAAAAAACGUUUUGGUUUUUUUUAGUAUGGAGUGACAGUUUUUCUUCUAUUAACAUUAUUGAAGACUGCAUUCAAGGGUUGUCCAAAGGAGCGGGUGCAGCUUAUGGAGGCUGUGUUAAGAGAUUACUGUAACUCUUAGCAGUCUUUCUUUGGUCCCUCUGUCAAGUUUGGCAUGAGAUUAUUACGCUGUGUUUGGUGAGUAGGGAGGAGGAGUCACAUGGUGACAGUGCCGCUGAGCAGGUAGACAGUGACACCAGGAGGUUAUCACAUGCCGCUGUUUGUACCUCACAGCAUUGCAACUGUAAAAUGGCGUCCACGCUGGAAAAGCUCCUCACCCCGAUGUGCGGCGGUCCGCCCGAGCCGCCGAGAAAUAAAGUGACAGUGGUGGGAGUGGGACAGGUGGGCAUGGCCUGCGCUGUUAGCAUCCUGCUCAGGGAGCUGGCGGACGAGCUGGCACUGGUAGACGUGAUGGAGGAUAAAUUAAAGGGCGAGAUGAUGGACCUUCAGCAUGGAAGCCUCUUUCUCAAAACACCCAAAAUCGUCGCAGAUAAAGACUACUCGGUCACGGCCAAUUCCCGCAUCGUGGUGGUGACAGCAGGCGUCCGUCAGCAGGAAGGCGAGAGCAGGCUCGACCUGGUCCAGAGAAACGUCAACAUCUUCAAGCACAUCAUCCCGCAGAUCACCCGAUACAGCCCAGAAUGCAUCAUCAUUGUGGUGUCGAACCCAGUGGACGUGCUGACCUACGUGACCUGGAAGCUGAGCGGCCUUCCCAAGCACCGAGUCUUUGGCAGCGGCACCAACUUGGACUCGGCCCGUUUCCGCUUCUUGAUGGCCGAGCAACUGGGCGUCCACCCGAGCAGCUUCAACGGCUGGAUCCUGGGGGAGCAUGGCGACACCAGCGUACCUGUGUGGAGCGGAACCAACGUGGCCGGCGUCAACCUGCAGGCCUUCAACCCCAACAUUGGGGCUGAGGGUGACGAGGAGAACUGGAAGGAGACGCACAAAAUGGUGGUGGACAGCGCCUACCAGGUGAUCAAACUGAAAGGCUACACCAACUGGGCCAUCGGCCUGAGCGUGGCCGACCUGACCGAGAGCAUCGUGAGGAACAUGAACAGGAUCCAUCCUGUCUCCACCACGGUGCAGGGCAUGUACGGCAUCCAGGAGCACGUCUACCUCAGCCUGCCGUGCGUGUUGAACGGCGGGGGCGUGGCCAGCGUGGUCAAUGUCACGCUUACAGACCAGGAAGUGGCCCAGCUGCAAGCCAGCGGCGUCACGCUAGGAAACAUCCAGAACAAUCUGCAGGACAUCUGAGUAGUCAGCAGUAACUCUUCCCUAACCCUAACCCUUCAACUCCAGCUCAUCUCACCUAGAAUCUAUAGAUCCACUGACUUUCAACAGUCAAAACUGCUGCUAGAAACUACUUUUUGUCAUAAAUUCACAUUACAUUAAAGUCUUAAAUGAAACAAA